AAAUCAACGUAUUAUUUUAAUUGAAUUGUGUUUUAUACCAAGAAAUACAUAUGUGAAAGAGUUCUUGCGUAGUGAAAGUAACUGGAAAAAAUAUAAACGCCUAUUUAUUUAUAGUUAUAAGAAACGUCACAAGUGACAGUGACAGUACCAGUGUUGCUAUUAAAGUGCCGUCAAAAUGCGUAUAUUUUUUGCGGUGAAGAUGUGGUGUAGACGACAAGCGGCGGCCGCCAUUUUGCCGUUGUUACUCACUGGUUGGCUCACGGGAGAGUCAUCAGAAGCAUUAACAACAUUUGGAAAGAGCAACACUCAGCCACCAAAGGACAUAGCACCAACCCCGCCACCAGCUCGACCAUGCUCGAAGCAGGCAGAAUGUGCUGGAAUCACCAGCUCCUCCUGUGUAAGGACCCACUACGACCCAGUCACCAGAUGCCUGUGUGGAGACAACCUGCCUCCAGUCAACGGACAGUGCGAGGCGCCCACUAAAACUUUAUACCACGUCUGUGCAAACAGCGACGAAUGCAACGAUGGUCUUAUCUGUGGAGCCCCGAAUAUAACGAGCGCUGCCCCGGCACAUAUGCGUGUAUUUACACCACAGGACAAAAUCUGCCUCUGCGACACUGAAAAUGGGUAUAAAGAAAAGGAACAUGCUUGCAGUGAUGCGGUAAUACUGAAGAUUUCACUGUUCGCUAUCAUCUUCGUGUCUUGUUUACGAAAAUUAAUGUUGUAAUUCACCUAAUUGACCUGUGUUCUAAAACGUAAAUCUAGCAUCCGUCAACCACAUUUCUAUUUUAUAAUUCUAUAGAAGUCCGCCAAUACAACAUCAACACAUCAAACAUCAAUAAACAAAAUUAUGACAUCUCUUUGCGAUGAUAAACAUACUCUUUACUUAAGUAGAAAAUUUUUUCUAUAUUACAUCUGACAAUUGACAGUUCUCUAUCAGAUUUACGUUUUGGAUUGCUGCCAUAUCAAUUAUGUAUUUGCUCAUGCACGCAUAGUAUAAUGUUAAUAUUAAGAAAGUUUUUUUAUAAACUAACUAUGCUUAUCAAUGUCACUAUGUUAUAUUGUUUUUACUAGUUACAUAAGUAUUUUCGUAAAUUGGUCAAUAGAGUUUAAUAUUUACUGGAAUAUUAAUGUUAUCUUUAUUAGGUAGGUUGAGCCUAAGACGUAGACUAUAUAGUUUUCCAGUAACCAAAUAAAGUUACAAAUUUAUAAUUAA